CAUUGACCGCCUUAGUAGCGUAACUUUAUUCAAAGUUCAAACGUAUUUUUCUCUUCUAUAAUUGCCGUCUUAAUCAAGACAAUUCUUAAUCAAUCGUAAUAAUUGGUAAAUUACAGGAAUCACCGAUAAUUGCUGUAAUAUAACCUGUACUAUUGUUACGGAUGAUCACUGAUAAUCUGCUACAGAACAGGUUUUCUUCAGUAUCCUGUAAAUUUUCCUCAGUAACAUAUUCUAGAUUCUCCCUCAGAAGAACCUUCCUUCCUUCGUCAGUUUUGAUUAGCAUCAAGAUUUUGGGAAUGCAUGUUGUUUAAUGGUACUAAAUGAACUUUACCAAUAGCAACUCUUAAGUGUUUGAGACAACAGUGAAUUAUUGUACGUGUAUUUAACAAAUUUAAACAACAAGUAAAAGAUGUUUUGAAUAUUAGAUUCAUACAUCAGCAGUGACAUCUGGUUGUAGUCCUUCAAGAUAAUGUACUUAAUUUUUAACAGAUUUACUCAGUAAUUAUUUGUAAACAAUUCUGUAUUAAGAGUUGUGAAUUGAACACAUUGUCAUUACAGAAGAGGGCAAGACUUAAGGCUAAAAUGAAUCCAGGACAUUCUUUAGAAUUUCCUUUGAAAAGUGAAACUGAAGGUGCAUUAUCGCUAGCUUCCAUAAAUCAAGAAAACGUCAACAUGGCUGCCUUUAGUGGAACCAGUGAUGAAGACUUUUUGUCUCUGGAUUCAUUGAUGGACAUCAAAAUAGAACCAGAGGAAUUCUGUGAGUCUAAUGAAGAUGAUGAAUAUUCAUACAAAAUGAAUUCAACAGUGAAUGAAAAACAUCCACAAACUUGCAAAAAGGAAGUAAAACAAGAAAGAAGGAAUAGUCAUAAUAGAGAGAAGCUUUUCAGAUCCACUGACUGUGAAAAAGCAUUUUAUAAGAAAAUUAAUCUUACAAAUCCUACCAGAGAGAAAUUCAUAUGCAAUGACUGUGGGAAAGCAUUUUCCAAGAAAGAUUGUCUUACGAUUCAUAUGAGAAUCCACACUGGAGAGAAUCUAUUCAUAUGCAAUGAAUGUGGGAAAGCAUUUUCCCAGAAAUCACAUCUUACAGAUCAUACAAGAAUCCAUAAUGGAGAAAAGCCAUUCAUAUGCAAGGAAUGUGAUAAAGCAUUUUCCCAGAAAUCAAAUCUUACAAGUCAUAUGAGAUUGCAUACUGGAGAGAAGCCGUAUAUGUGUAAUGAAUGUGGGAAAGCAUUUUCCUACAAACCACAUCUUACACGUCAUAUGAGAUUGCAUACUGGAGAGAAGCCAUAUAUGUGUAAUGAAUGUGGGAAAGUAUUUUCCCAGAAACCAGAUCUUACACGUCAUAUGAAAAUCCACACUGGAGAGAAACCAUUCAGAUGCAAGGAAUGUGAUAAAGCAUUUUCCCAAAAAUCAAAUCUUACAAGUCAUAUGAGAUGGCAUACUGGAGAGAAGCCAUUCAUGUGCAAACAAUGUGGGAAAACAUUUUCCUGCAAACCACAUCUUACAUGUCAUAUGAGAUAUCAUACUGGAGCGAAGCCGUUCAUGUGCAAAGAAUGUGGGAAAGCAUUUCCCCAGAAAUCAAAUCUUACAAGUCAUAUGAGAAUCCAUACAGGAGAGAAGCCAUGCAUAUGCAAUGAAUGCAGGAAAGCAUUUUCCCAGAAAUCAAGUCUUACACGUCAUAUGAGAUUGCAUACUGGAGAGGAAAAAGAAACAACAUGAUAAAAUAAACCAGUUAAGGGCAGAGAUCUCUCAAAUGACCAGCUAUAUGACAAAUCAAAAUCACUCACAAAAUCUGCUCAAGAAAAUAAGGAAAAUAAAGAAAAAAUGCAGAAUAGGGGAUGAACAAAUGAGUGGAAAACUGGCAGAACACCAAGCCAAUAUAAAGGCCCUAAUUUCACAAGUAGGAAAAAAACAACAGAAGAUAAAAGUAAAAUAGAUAAAUAGACAGCUUGGGGAAAAUCCAAAGAUUGUGUAUAGGAAGAUGAAAGAUUUUGGAAGCCACUGUUUGAAGACCCUGGACAACACCAAGGGAAUUCAUGGAUUGACUAUUAGGCAGAAGAACAGGUAGAAACAGCAAAUGCCACCAAUAAUGUUCGCCAUCGAAAAACCAACAAAAAAAAUAAAAGAAUAUAAUAAUUUCAAGAUAACAGUAAUAGACAAGAUCCCAAAUUUCUGGCUAAAAAAGAUCACAGCACUACACCACAUUUAUGCACAAGCCUUUUCAAGAAUAGUAAGAGGAGAAGAAGAAUCACCAGAGUGGCUCACAACAGGAAGCAUCAACCCUCUCCUUAAGAGCUCUGAGGCUGAGCUCCCAAACAAAUAUAGGCCCAUCUGCUGCCUUCCAACAACCUACAAAUGGCUCACAGGAGUCAUAGCAGACGAGAUCUGUGAACACCUAGAUCAAGGCAAAUAUAUGGAAAAAGAACGAAAGAGAUGCACAUGAAACAAACUAGGCACUAAAGAUCAACUGCUAAUAAACACAACAAUAUUAGAAGAUUGUGAAAAAAGACACAAAGGCAUUUGAUACCGUGCUGUGCACCUGGACAUUCAAAUGUAUGGAAUUAGACAACAUCAAUGAGGAAAUAACAUCUUUCUUGGCAGCACAGAUGAGUAAGUGGAAGACCAC